AGCUCAUAAACUUUAUUGUUUGUAUUUCUCUUGGGAAAGUGGCGCCAUUGAUCACUUCAAAUCACAAAGAUCAAAUUCACAAUGCCGUUGUAAGUUCAUGAUUCAACUCCCAAUAGUUGGGUUGUUCAUACUAACAAAGAACCUAUUAUAGAGUCCCCAAGUCCUCAUAUUACGAUAAGAACUACAAACAGUCUGCCGCUCUCAUCCGAGCUCGAAGACCAUAUCUUGUGAAGAAUGCCUUGACAGGCGCUGGCAUUUUCGCAUUCGCUCUUGGAGUUUGUAAGUAUCUGCGGGAGCAUUUGAACUAGCUCACAGUAAUAAUUGUCUACAGUUGCUUUCACUAUUCGAGCAGUAUCUCAAGACGAUUUUGAAGAUGUCAAGGUACCAGCGGCACCAACCAAACGAGAUUCUUGACUCAAUUGAGAAGAUAUGACUGGGAUCAGUAGCGGCUCUUGCGGGCCAGGCUCUACAUAUAUGGGAAAGGCGACUUUACAAUGAGAAAGAUUGAGUUAAAUAACGUCAUGAGAUCGCCAGUGGAUGCAAUGAUUAGUAUAGAUUCAGAGGCAGGCGUUUGGAUGAAAGGAAACUCUUCGAAUUUUCAUGAAAUUCGAGUUUGUAGGUUUGUAGAAAUACGUUAAAAAUACAGAUGAAUGUAGAGUGAUUGCAAUAUCGCUCAAAGGGAAUCAUA